AGCUGAUUGGAGUCGCCUCCAGCGUGAGCUGGCACUGACACCUGCAGCACCUGGUGAAUGGCUGGAGACACACAGCAUCACUGCAGGCAGGGACGUCUCAGCAGACAGACGGGGACACAGCCCAUUUGCACGGCCUGCCGGGAUCAUGGCAUCGUGAGGGCUUCUGAAUAGAGACAUUUUGCUUUUUGUUUAUUUUUAUAGAAGCAAGAACUUCAGCCAUGUGGAAGAUGAAGCCUUGUGCCCUUUUAUUAUGCUGCCUGGGGUUUCUUCAGCCCACAGUGUCUUGUCGGACACUGUGUCAGGCUGCCAGAAACAGCAAGGAGGAGGGGUCUUCCAGGCCAAGGGAGGUGUGCGUAGGUGUGUGUGAGGCAGGUUCCCUAUGCAGCCAGCUGUGCCCACCAAGCACUGAAGGGAGCAUGGGGUUUGCCUGCAGGAAGCGGCAAUGGCACAAGAUCAAUGAUACCUGCCGUACCCUGAAUGCUCACAACAUCUUUGAGGAUAAGUCACAGACAGUCAGCUACUUUGAAGAUACGGGUUACAACAAGUAUGCUGGCGAGUCAGAGACCAUAGCCCUCAGAGUGAUGCAGGAGUGCCCCCGUGAUCUGUCCUGUGUGACCAGGAAAAUCGAGCAGUCGCCCCAACUACCCGGAAACAUCGAGCUCAUCGUGCAGCUCUUACACAACAUAUCCACAGCGCCCAUGACAGAUGUGGAUGAGGGGAAGAUGAAAAGUUACAGCUCCAUGGCUAACCACGUUCUGAACAGCAAUAGCAUCUCAAAUUGGACCUUCAUUCCUGAAAGAAACAGCUGCAGUGUCCUGCUCCACUCAGUCAACUCUUUCGCAAGAAAGCUACACAUACACAAGAAGCCCAUCAACAUACAGCACUCCUUCAUCCACACCAUGGGCUCCAUCAUACCUGCUGACAGUGAGGGGAAGAAUUUCACUUUCUUCAUGAGCGUUAAUGAGACCAGCAGGCCAGUCAUGGGCAGGGUCCUUAUCAGCAGAGAGGAGCUGCAGACAGUGCCUUCCAUUUCUCAGAUGGUCUGCAUUGCCUUUCCUACGCUCGGGGCUAUCUUGGAGGCCAGUCUUUUGGAAAAUAUCAUUGUGAAUGGCCUUGUCUUGUCUGUCAUCUUGCCUGAGAAACUUAAAAGAAUCUCAUUGCAUUUUGAAAAGUUCCACAAAUCAGAGGAGAGGAAGACCCACUGUGUAGGCUGGGACCACCUGGAGAACAGAUGGGAUCGCAAGGCCUGUCAGAUGGUUGAAGUGAGCUCCCAGCACGCUGUCUGCCAAUGUUGGCCAAGCAAGCUGUUCACCUCUUUCUCCAUCCUUAUGUCACGCCAUACCCUGGCAAGCCCCAUUCUGACUUAUAUCACCUACACAGGCUUGGGCCUUUCGAUUUGCAGCUUGAUUAUUUGCUUGGUCAUUGAGGGUCUGGCCUGGCGUCAAGUGACGAAGACAGAAAUCUCCUAUUUACGUCACCUGUGCAUUGCCAACGUGGCGGCCACCUUACUGAUGGCAGAUGUGCUCUUCAUCGUGGCUUCCUUUAUUAGUGGUCCUGAGACACACUACCGUGGAUGUGUGGCAGUGACAUUUUUCAUUCACUUCUUUUAUCUUUCUGUGUUUUUCUGGAUGCUUGCCAAGGCACUCCUCAUCCUGCAUGGAGUUCUGAUUGUUUUCCACACUCUGCCGAAGUCAGUCCUGGUGGCUUCUCUCUUUUCAGUGGGCUACGGGUGCCCUUUGGUCAUUGCUGUUAUCACAGUUGGUGUCACUGAACCUGCCAGAGGCUACCUCAGGGCCGAUGCUUGCUGGCUUAACUGGGAGAUGACCAAGGCCCUCCUGGCCUUCGUGGUCCCGGCUCUGGCCAUCGUGGUAGUAAACUUGGUGGUCAUCACAGUGGUCAUCAGCAAGGCCCAGCGAGUUUCCUUUGGCAGCUCCAUAUUUCAGGAAGUGCGAGCCAUCGUAAGAAUCUGCAAGAAUAUUGCUAUCCUCACACCGCUGCUGGGACUGACCUGGGGCUUUGGGAUCGCCACACUCACUGAUGACAGCUCGCUGGCCUUCCACAUCAUUUUCUCUUUGCUCAAUGCUUUCCAGGGCUUCUUCAUCCUGGUGUUUGUGACAAUCCUGGAUCCGAAGAUCCGAGAAGCCUUAAAGGGUCGAGCAAACUCUGCGAAUUGGAUCUCUAGGAUAUCAGAGAGCCUGCCUUUGGAGUUCUCCCUCCACCCUGCCAGAAGGCCAAGCAAAGAGCCCAGCUUGCAGCCACACUCAGAGGUCAGUCAUCGAGAAACGGCAGUGCCUGCGGGAGAAGCACAGUGACUCCUGCCUUCUGCCCCGCUGUGGAGUGGUGGAGGGGAAGAAGCACGGGGGGAUGGAGCCCACUGAACCUGCGCAUCACCUGUAAAAACCUUUAUCACUCUGGGUGUCCCGCAGAGACAGAGUGGGCCUUCCCCAAGAGCAGGACCACAGUCUCCUCAGCGCCUCCGCCUCCAUGCUGCGGGUCUCAUUCAUCCUGAGGAAGAAGCUGGGGCUUAUCUUUGGCCAAGGUGGCCUGGAAUAUCACCUGGCAGAAUUCCCGGGCUGUGGCGGGAGAGGCUCAUAAACAGGCACCAAAAGUCAAGAGUCGGUGGGGGAGGGGACUAAGUAGGUCACCGCUGCCUCUGCUUAUGACAGAAGCCAACUGCCAGCAUCUUCCACUCUGUGAAAGUUAAGCUGAUGGUCAUCCUGGCUUGGGCUCAGAUGCCAAGGUCUUAGCCAUGAGCCGUAUGCAAACCAUAGAGGCUUAGAAUCUGAAAAGUUGCCUAGUUUAAGGAGAGGAAAACCCCAAGAUGUGAUUCACAGACAAUCGGUGGCUGAGGGGAGGAGAAAACAGCUUCUGCUCCCCCAGAUCCUGACACUGUCAGACCAUAUGGCCUUAGGAAGUAUUUUACCCACACUUCCUGAAACCAACAAUAUGUGUGCUUGAUGCCUAGGAUGGGGAAGGGGAAAUAUUGUGUUUCAGGUACAAAGCUGCUCAUUUUCCUAGCUGUGCAUAGGAACAGUCUGGCAUUCAAAGCAGGUCUCAUCUGAUAGAGAACCAUGCCGUGGUCUGAAGCCACGUACAGAGCCAUACACGGGUGGCUGCCACUGCAGGAAGCUGGGAGAUAAAUUCACGGAGUAGGGGUGAACCCUACUGGUCCUACUGAGAGGCCAUACCCGCUAGGGGAAACUGAGGUCCUUCUGUGCGUGGGCAGGGUCUCUCUGCCUCUCUUUGUGAUUUUUUUCUACACAGAAUCUUUUUGUAAGUAGGCAAGUUUGAAAAGACAAUGGUACAAAAAAAAUGGCAAUCAGAAGGUAGGGAGAUACCCUGCCCUGGACAGAGUUUUUGUUGCAGUGGUCACCCAUAUUGGGACAACAACAAUGUUGUCUCUAGACAGAGCCCAAGAGUUGGCUCACUGUACCAUUCAUCAGUGCAUCCACAGGGUCUCCCUUGUGAGCGCAGCCCUGGCAGUUCCCAGGGAACUUAUUUCUGCACAGAGAAAGGGCACACAUGCAAAGCCAGCACUCUGCAGUGAGUGUGGGGUCUCAGGAAACAAGGGGGCCCUGCAUGUGGAUAAGUCUUAGAAAGGCGUCCACUUAUCCCAGUGUAGGAUGAGCAUUGAGGAGAUGGAGGACUUAUCUGGAAAGCCCUAAGCUUUGGUCUACCCACUCCCUCAAGUAGGAUGGGGGACACCUUAGCGAGGCUCCUGGCUAUCUGGCUGUCCUUGGGAGAGUCAUUCAAAUGUGACUUUCUUUGAGCAUAACAGAGCCUACCUCAUAGAAUGACGGUAAACAUUAAAUGAAUGAAUGUGGGUAAAGUGUUUAGAACAGUACUUGGCCAGUAAUAAUUGCUCAUUAAAAUUUAGUUUUUUUAAAAAAAAAUUAGUGUACCUGUAACAUCCCCCUCCAACACAGACACAUGCAAACACACUCAUGGCCUUUUGCAUAGAUUUGGACAUAGAUACCCUCACAAGAAUGAGUUAGCUGACUUCUAAAUAAAAUAAUUAGACAUUUGAUUUGGUGUGUUCAACGUUAGAGUUACCAGCCAGUGAAUCUGCAGUGUCCCACUGAACGAGCAUUUCAUCCAAGACACCUUGGUUGCACAAGGCUCCCUUCCCAGGAAGGCAAGGUGAACACCCAAGGUGCUGCUCAUUGUACUGUCCAGCCUGCCUGCACCUCCUGCAUUCUCUGAGAAGCCUUCUCUGGUUGCUGCAGCCAGAAACGCCCAUUCUCCCCACUCAGUUGUCUUAUUAUUUAUAAUCUGUGCCCCUCAUAGUAUGUUAAUAUUUAUUUGUUGUGUUACUGUUUCCUUUGGUCUUUUUGUGUGCCUGUAUUUUCUCUCUUGGAUAAGACAGUAAAUCUUGAGCACCAAGGCUGUGCCUUCUCUUCUUUGCUGUGUUCCUUGUAUUUCUUUGUGUGUUUAUACUUUAAGGCGCCUUGUAUGCAGAAUGCGUUCACUGAAUGUGUUCAAUAAAGUCCUUCAGUUGCAGAACCA